AUGAACAACAUCUACCCCCAACGUGUUAACAAAUUUACCACACCACCGACCAACCCCUUGGAUGCCAAACUUGAUGCGCUUAUCAAACACGUCAAUGCUAUGUCUACAGCAACUACUGCAUACUAUCUGCUACGCCGCGUCAGCUGCAAUCUUAUGUUUGCUGGUCUUUCCAGCAUCAUUCCG